UAAGAUUUUGAUACAUCCGGCGCCAUCUCCUGAUUGCUUUAUCAACGAAAAAGGUAAACAAGAACCCACAUGAUUCAAACUCAAAUAUUAUCACAUUAAACUCAUCAAAAUGUAUUACCUGAAGACAAUAAAAACAGGAUUCGCACUUUUUAAUAAACUAAUAACACCACAGUUUACCCACAAACAAUAUCUCCAACUUUAUAGGAGGCAUAACCUCUUUGAAGUGCAUCAACAAAAAUAUACAAUAAACCGAUAUUUUUCAACAAAAACCGACAAGAAACAUGUAAAUGUUGGAACAAUUGGUCAUGUAGACCAUGGCAAGACAACUUUAACAGCUGCCAUUACAAAAGUCCUUAAGGAAGAUGGACUUGCAGAUUUCAUCUCAUAUGAUGAGAUUGACAAAGCCCCAGAGGAGAAAGCCAGAGGGAUUACAAUUAAUGCUGCCCAUAUUGGCUACAGCACUAAAAAACGACACUAUGCCCACACAGACUGCCCAGGACAUGCAGAUUAUGUAAAAAAUAUGAUUUCUGGAGCUUCACAAAUGGAUGGAGCUAUUCUUGUAGUUGCAGCUACAGAUGGUCAAAUGCCACAAACAAGAGAACAUUUACUGCUAGCCAAACAAGUUGGCAUCACAAAAAUAGUUGUCUACAUCAAUAAGGCAGAAAUAGUUGAUAAUGAAGUUUUGGAUUUGGUUGAAUUAGAAGUCCGUGAAUUACUCACAGACUUUGGUUUUGAUGGUGAUGGCUCACCAAUGAUUCGCGGAUCAGCUCUGCAAGCUCUCGAAGGAAAAGACACCGAAUUUGGUGUGAAAUCAAUUCGUGAAUUACUAGACUCCAUUGAUAAUUACAUACCAGAUCCGCAAAGAGACUUAACAUCCCCAUUUAUGUUACCAAUAGACAAUGCUUUCCUAGUUCCCGGUCGUGGAACUGUUGUAAUUGGGACCAUAGCAAGAGGAACGCUUAAAAAAGGCGAAGAUGCUGAACUGUUAGGUUUCGACGCCCAGAUUAAAACCGUUGUAAAUGAUAUUCAAGUGUUUAAGAAGAGUCAGCCAGAGGCAAAGGCCGGAGAAAAUGUUGGUGUUCUACUCAGAGGAGUUAAAUUGAAGACAGUUGAGCGAGGAAUGUUACUCUGCGCUUUAAACAGCGAAAAAGUCAGCAAUCGAUUCAAAGCGAGCGUGUAUUUCCUCACACGCAGUGAAGGCGGACGCAGUAAACCAAUUAUAAGUAAAUAUAUACAGCAAUUAUUCAGUAAAACAUGGAAUAUUGCUUGUCGAGUUGACUUGGAUGAGAAUGUGAAUAUGAUUAUGCCGGGAGAACAUGGCGCUGUUACCCUAACCUUACUAAACUCAAUGGUGAUGAUCAACGGCCAAGCGUUUACAAUCAGGGAAAAUAAUGUAACUGUUGCUACCGGAAUCAUAACGGAAACUUUACCUGCCGUUCAUAUUAUGACUACUUUAAGUAAAUUGAAUGUUUAGAAUUGUUAUAUUUAUAAAAUAAUACUUUAAUAAAUCAAAAUCUUACCGUUA